AUGCGUACCCACACGGCCAAAAGUUUGUCGUCUUGUGAAGUUAACAAAAAAAAGUUUACUUUCAGUACCAACCGGGAAGACCACGUGCAGACCAAUGCUAUUAAAAAACAGUAUGAUUGCAAAUUGUGUAAAGUUAAGUUUCCCAUGCUUAAUGAAUUAAAAAAGCACCUACACAAGCACAUUUCUAAAAAUCCAGUAGUUUCUUUUGCUGGCAAAAAUUAUUUUUCUUGUAUUUUUUGUGGAGCUAGUUUUCCCAAGAAACGCACAGUUGUGAAUCACAUAGAAACACAUUGCGACGAAAGACCCUUCGUGUGCAACAUUUGCAAAGCUACAUUUUCCGGUAAAUUGACGCACGCUUAUCACAUGAGUCAUGUCCAUGGCGUGGGAGCACCGUUCCACUGCUCAGUUUGUAAAGCCCCGUUUUCAAAACAAGCUGAUCUUUGGUCACAUUCCACUUCCCAUCCGUCUGAGUUUCCGCUGUCUUGUUCGGUUUGCAAAGCCAGGUUUUCUGCCAAAAGACAUUUGAAAGAUCACAUGGCGUCACAUGCUAUCAAAGAGGAUGAGUUCCAUUGUGCGGUCUGUGGUGGGAUAUUUUACUCUCGAAGUAGCAUUGUCGGUCACAUGCGUAAUCAUUCUGGUAAGAAACGAUUCAGAUGUUCCAUUUGUGGGAUAAUUUUCAGUCGUAAAGGUAACUUUCAAAAACACAUGUUGAUUCAUUGCAGUCAGAAAGAAUUCUCGUUGCCAGAUGGUAGAGGGAAAUGGAAGACCAGGGCGAGGGAGAACAAAGUGUGGGAUUGCAGGUAUUGCGAGGCUGUGUUCGCCAGCAAAGGUGAACUUGUGGUUCAUUCGACCGUGCACGACGAAGAGAAGCCGUGUUCGUGCCCAGUGUGUGGGGCCAAGUUCAGUGGUGAUCGCAGCCUGGCCAGCCACAUGCGAACCCACUCUAGCGAGCGACCGUUCUGCUGCACUGUCUGCAAGGCCAAGUUCGGCUACAGCAACAGCUUGAAGCACCACAUGCUCACUCACAGCGGCGAGAAACCCUUCAAGUGUAACAUCUGCGGCUGUCGGUUCACCCGCAAGGACAACUGCAAGUCUCACAUGUUUAUUCACUUUGCAAAGGAAAUAACAAAAAAGUUCAAAAUUAGCUGA